GAUAUCAAUUUGUUCACGUAAACGAAUUCGUUCGUUGGAUGGUAAAACCCUAUUCUUAUAAUUUCAAUAGAGUUCUGACUCUGCUUAGGGUUCCGGCAGAAUCCAGUUCAAGUUUUAUUAAAAGCUGCUUUGAAGUCAUUUUCGAUAUUUUGAUUGAGUGUGACUAUCUCUCAAAUGGAAUCCCAAACAAAUCACCGAACAAUUGCCAAGCAAUGAGAUUAGCACUGAUAAUUCCACCUCUUUCUGCACCAAAACAAUCGCAUCGCUAAGGCCCAUCCCCAAGCGAGCGAUAACGCCACAUCAGAGCACCAACCUGAUAACACUGAGCUAACUUUUCGAACAAACACAACACUCACAACUCGCCAGCAUAAUCAACGGCAAUGGCCUCGGGUACUCGUUCACUGAUAUCGAAACUGCUACUUUUCGUUACCAUUACAGUCAGUUGUCACUCGCUGUUGCUCCGAGACGCCGAAGCAGCUAAUAUUCUAGGCAUUUUACCAACAUGGGCCAAAUCGCACUACAUCAUUGGAUCGGAAUAUCUUCGGGUGUUGGCGCUGGCGGGACACAAUGUUACCGUGAUUACACCGUUUCCGCUGGAGAAAGCUCCAUCAAAUUACCAUGAAAUUGUCAUGGAUGGAAUUCUGGACGCAUCUGCUGGACUGGAGAAGAACUACUUCAAGUACAAGGACGGUUCAUUCCUGAUGAUCCUGUCGAUGUUGUACAACGAUCUAGCCGACACAACAUGCAGCUUCGUUCUGCAACACCCCAAGGUCGUGGGUCUGAUGAAGUCCAAUCAACAGUUCGACGUGGUGAUCGUGGAAACCUUCAUGACGGAGUCCAUCUAUGGGCUGGCUCAACACUUCAACGCUCCGUUGAUUGUGUUCUCCACGUUGGGAAGCAACCUCUGGACUAACGGACUUGUGGGAGCUCCCGCUCCGUACUCCCAUGUAGCACAUCUGAUGCUUGGGCUUACGGAUCACAUGAAUUUCUACGAGAGGAUGAUCAACACUGUUGUGGGCAUUGCAGAGCAGAUCUAUUACGAAACAGUGUACCUUCCGAAACAGAAGCGGUUCUACGAUGAAGCAUUCCCUCGGGCGGGCAUAAGUUUUGAACAGCAGUUGAAGAAUACGUCAUUGGUUCUGCUGAACCAACACUUUGCUCUUGGAAGUCCAAGGUCAUAUCCACCAAACAUGGUAGAAGUCGGAGGGAUACACAUUCGGAAUGUUAAACCACUUCCGGAGGAUCUUCAGCAAUAUCUGGACGAAUCCCCGCAUGGUGUGAUCUACUUCUGCAUGGGAUCUCACAUCCAAUCCAAGCAUUUCCCAACCCACAAGCGUGACGCCUUCCUCAAGGUGUUCUCUCAACUCAAACAGAGAGUUCUCUGGAAGUUCGAAGACGCCUCCAUCACAGACGUCCCCAGCAAUGUCCUCAUCCGAUCGUGGAUGCCCCAAAAUGACAUCCUCGCCCAUCCCAACAUAAAGCUGUUCAUCACCCACGGAGGCCUACUGGGAACAACGGAAGCUCUAUACCACGGCAAACCCAUACUAGGAAUUCCGAUAUUCGGCGACCAGAAGAUGAACGUCGAAAAGGCGGUUCGAGCCGGAUACGGUCUCAAACUGGACUACGAACUUAUCAGUGAGACUACUGUCAGACGGGUGAUUGAUACCCUACUAACGAACGGAUCGUUCACGGAUAGGGCACGUGAAAUCUCCCGCUGGUACCAUGAUAAACCGAUGACAGCCGGCCAGACGGCGCUGUUUUGGACCGAGUAUGUGAUAAGACAUCGGGGAGCGGUUCAUCUGCAAUCGCCUGCCGUGGAGUUGCGAAUGUGGCAGUACCAUCUGGUGGACGUGGGAGCAGCUCUCGUUGCGUUGUGUUUGAUGGUUUUAGGAAUAGUUUACAAUUUUUUCCGAGCAUGUUGGAGGUUAAUGAACGAAAAGAGGAAAAAUAAAUUAGACUAAAUGUGCGAA